ACCAUGUAAUUGAAAUGUAAGAAAUUGAGCAAAUGUAUUCUGAAUUUGUGGGAGUAAAUAGCCCCCCUCCCCACAAAAAAAAAGCGGAAAAAUUGGUUCACCCGUUGGUGGUGUUGAAUUUGUGCAAAGCCUCAAAAGUGUCAUAAAACUGCAGCAAAAAAGUUCGUAUCGUGAAUAUAAAUAAAUCAAAGGCUGCAGCAGUCAUUAAAAAAAAACAGACUGGGGUUUACCCAUCAGUCUGGGUAAAACCUUAAUGGUUAUAUUUUAUUUUUAAAUCAUGCUCGGCAUGACUAAUGAAACGCGUUGAUGCUAUAAUAAAAGUUAAAGCCGCGAGAAAACUCGGAAAAAGAAGAAAACUCAGAAAACCCCUCAAGGCUCGGAGAGCAGCCAGCAAUGGACAAGCGCACGCACACACAAAAGGCUUUAGUGGUGGCACCUACAAAAACAACAGAAGGAGCAGCAGCAGCAUCAGCGGCCUUAACCACAAUUCAACAUCGCUAAUUGUCAACAAAAGCAAAUUUAUUAACGUUAAAUAAACACUAAAAAUAAACACCGAAAGACAGACAUAACGCCAGGCAAGCAAGUAAUUAUGCUUGACCCUGGUCCGACAAUAGACGAAACAGCAACAGCCACAGCCACAAACACAGCCCCCAUCUCCGUCUUCGAUUCCAAUUCCAGCGCCAUACUUGCUGGCGGGAGCGUAGUAAGCCUAAGCCCCCCCAGCCAGAGCCGCGCCAGAAGCUGAAUAACCCAACAUCUGGGAGUCGCACCGCAUACGUCGCGACGCUUGGAACCGCCCAAGCGCCAAGCGGAUCGUUUUCAUACUCGGAGUAUACACAGAAAUUACAACGAAACAGAGGAGGAGGAGAUCCAGUGCGCACCAUGGUGGCCGUGGGGAAUCUACACAAUACGCGCAUGCUGCGCUUCCUCUUAGUCCUAGUGGUCGUCAUCCUCACCAUCUUCAUCUAUGCCUCGUACUCGACGACGGCGACGUUGACACCGACUCGUGUGCGACCAGCAGCGUCGCCGCCACAGCAGCUUGUGGGCGGAAGUCCGAUUCAAAUGAACAACACGGGAGAGUUCGGCCUGGCCACGGGCGAGGCUGUGCCCAAGGCCCAAAUCAGAUUGCAGCAGCAGCAGCAGGGAGACACUCACAGAAGGCACCCCCCACAGCAUCGGCUGCCCACGAUCGAUGAGGAUGCCCUGCUGGAUGGAGGCUCUGCUGGUGCCAGUCCCAGUCAGGUUGGUAAUGACCAGACGCCCAAUGCCGUUGCCGAAGAGAUGCUCGAGGAGCAGCAGUAUGGCCAAAGUGUUGAUGGUAUCACUGGCAACAUCAGCAGCAACAAUAACAACAAUAUCAGCAACAGCACCAGCGAGGUAUUGGUUGUCAAACAACCAGCCACUGGCCCUGGCUCCCCCGCCCAGUCGCAACAGUCGCCCAGUCAGCAGCAGCAGGCACAAUCCGACGCAGAGGUUCUCAUACCAACUUCUAAUUUACAAAAGUUCAUCGAGAAUGCCGAUAAGAUAUUGAAGAACAUCACAUCGAACAGCAGCAGUGGCACCGGCAGCGGCAGUGGAGUUGCCGCAGCAGCAAACGGAAAUGACCAGCACAUAGAUAAGGCCAACCAAGCACCGGAGGAUGGCAAGAAUGAAGGCUUUGAGGGAUACUCGGCUGAUUCUGAUAAACAGAAGGUGGUCGAGGUUGUCAAGGCCCCUCCUUCUAAUCCGAUGAAAGAUGCCAAGAAAACAAAUAUGGAAGCAAGACGACCACCUGUACCAGUAAUACGCACCACCAAGGGUAGGAGCAGCGUCAAGGAACCACCUUCCCCGGUGGAUCCCUCCAAGGGCGUGGCCACAGAGAAGCUCUAUGAGUCCGGUCACAUCGACGAGGAGAUCGAUGCCGAUCGCAUUUGUCCACAUGCGGGAGAAACCAUCAAGCUGCUUGUGCUCAUCAGCUCAGCACAGUCGCACGAGGCGGCGAGAAUGUCCAUAAGACAGACCUGGAUGCACUACGGAAGCAGGCGGGAUGUGAGCAUGGCCUUUGUCCUGGGCCGCGGCUCCAACGAGACGCUUAACAAGGCACUCACCAAGGAGAACUACAUUUAUGGAGAUCUUAUACGUGGCAACUUUAUAGACUCAUACAAUAAUCUAACUCUGAAGACGAUCUCCUCGUUGGAAUGGGCGGACCUGCACUGCCCCCGUUGCAAGUACAUUCUCAAGACAGAUGACGACAUGUUUAUAAAUGUGCCCAAGCUGCUGGCCUUCCUGGACAAGCAUCAGGACAAGCGAACCAUCUACGGCCGACUGGCCAAGAAGUGGAAGCCCAUACGUAAUAAGAAAUCAAAGUAUUAUGUAUCGGUCGAUCAGUUUGCGGCGGGAGUGUUUCCCUCAUUCACCACCGGUCCCGCCUACGUCCUCACCGGGGACAUUGUGCACGAGCUGUAUGUCCGUUCCCUGAAGACAGUCUAUCUGAAGCUAGAGGAUGUCUUUACCACGGGCAUUGUGGCCAAGAGCUUAGACAUUAAGCGGGUGCAGGUGAACGAGUUCGUCAAUCGCCGCAUCUCGUUCAACCCGUGCAACAUACGCAACGCGAUCAGCGUGCACAUGAUCAAAUCAAACGAGCAAUUCGAUCUGUGGAAGAAGCUGCUGGAUCAGACAACCAAGUGUAAAUAGUAUUUUAAGUUUAGAUUGUGAAAGGGGGGCAGAUAGUAAGCAGAUAAGCAGAACGGAAGCAAGGAAAGUGAAGAAUCUAUGUAAUAUGAUAGAGAAUGGAUGUAGCAAAAAGCAGCUAUAGGAUUAUUAGCAUUAUGUCUAGUUUCUAAGUCCUAGGAAUAUCACAAAUUUGUCAUCGAUCAAUUGUAUCGAUCUUAUAUGCAUACGAAUCGAGGGCGAAGAGAGUACA